ACGAGUCCGGGAGAGCCCAGAAGUCGUGAGAUUUUAAUCCAGUCGUUUUCAUUGUUUGUUUACUCUUGCCGAUCUUCUUGGAUCACGGAUAAUUAAAAAAAUGAAGUUGUGGAUGCUGAGCCUCGUCGUACUGGCGGGAUGCGUUGCCCUCGCCGCUGCUCACUCUUACCAUCUCGGCGCUUGUCCUGUUGUAGAGCCAACAUCUGGUUUCCAGAUGAACAGGUUUCUUGGAAUCUGGUAUGUAAUCCAGAAAACAUCGACGUCGAGCAAGUGCAUAACAUACAAUUACACGAGGGGCGACGAGCCCGGCGAGUACACUAUUACACAAGACUCGGACAUAACGCUUUUGGGUCUCACGCCACUGAAGCACGAGUACCAUUACACGGGAGCUUUGCGCGUCGAGGAUCCCAGCGUGUCCGCCCGCAUGACUGUGCGCUUCCCUCUUAGUGUAGCCGGCAGCGCGUCACAUGUGAUCUUCGCCACGGACUACGAAAACUACGCGGGCAUCUUCACCUGCCAGAAACUCGCGUUCGCCCACCGGCGCUCGGCCACGAUCCUCUCUCGCACUCGCGACCUCGACAAGGCCUACAUAGAAAAGGCCCGCGGGCGGCUCGCCAGCUUUGGGGUGGACCCUUACGACCUGAGCAUCAUACCCCAGACAAACUGCCCACGUGGGAACAACAGCCUCGACAUCAACAUCGAUCCCCACACCUUCACCGCCGAGAACAUAGGUGACGCUGUGCGCAAGGCUGGCGAGAAAAUCGGUGACGGCGUCGAGUGGCUCGGCAACCAGGGCAGCAAGGCUUACCACUCGAUCAAGGGUGACGACGACUCAAGCAAGAGCGACGAGGACAGGCGCAACGUCAGACCCAACGCCCCGACCAAUCUGCCGGCUCUACCCAAAUCGCCGGCCGGCAAGAUUGAGAACAACGAGGUCGAGUGGAUACCUUAAGCUCGACCACUUAUAUUAUGUGCAUCUAUGUGUGUUGCUCUCUAUAUCUCACUACCUCCUUUUUUAUGUAAAUACAUUUUAAGAACAAAAUUGUUUUACUUCUUUUUUUUCUUUCUUUUUUUUUUUUUUUCUUGUGUGUUAAGUAUACUAUAGAUGUUAUUUUUUAUUCUUUUGCGUUACUGUAAGACGAUUUAAUCUAUUGGUUGUGCAUAUUGGCUUUUUGAAAUCAUUUUUUAUUUUUUUUAUUUUUUUGUAGCUUGAAAAUGAAAUUUACCGUCAUUUGUUGUAGGCAAAAAUGUUACUCGUGCAAUUUUGUGCAACGAAUAAAUAAACAAAAAUCGAACAGAUUGUAGAUCGUAUGAGAAGGAAGUACGGUAAC